AUGUCUUCAAUCGUAAAAACUGUCGUUGCAACAGGCACAUCGUCAGGCUUGGGAUUUGAAGCAAUCAAGCAGUUACUCCAGCAGACACAGCCGUACAGCUUCAUCCUGGGUGUUCGUGAUACAGAACAGACGCGUGUUGCGUACGAUGAGCUGAAAUUCGACACUUCAAAGCACAGCGUCUCUGUCUUGCCGCUCGAUCUUUUGAAUCUUAAGAGCGUCCAGUCCUUUGCCAAGCAAGCACUCUCUGAAUUGGGCCAAAGGCCGUUGGACUAUCUUUUCCUCGUUGCGGGUCUUGCUAGUAGCGCCGAUGGACCAGGCCCUCAUGGCUCGCAAUGGUGCGAACCGUACGUGGUGAAUCAUCUGGCCCAGCACUAUCUGACCCAUCAUUUUGCUGGGACCCUGUCUGCCUCGCAAUCGCGUAUUGUCGUUGUAUCCUCGGGUGCAAUUCGGAAUGUGAGAGGAGGCGACCCAAGUACCCUUGAUGUCGACCUAAAAGCAAACUCCGGCGCGGACACAAAAGUAGUGUACAGUGCAUCGAAAUUUACCCAACUUCUCGGUGCACACUACUGGCGUCGUAGCCUCCCGAAUUGCAAAGUCGUGGCUGUCUCACCAGGUCUCAUCCCCAACACCAAGCUUGCCCGGCAUUCGGACUUAAAAUUGACCAUGGAUAUGCCCGAUGCCAAGACAGUGCCAGAGGGUGCCCAGAACAUCCUCCGCGCGAUCACGGCUGAUAAUCUCCCUGCUGAUCCGGAACAAAUCUUCUUGACUAGCUGGGGUGAAUGGUGGCCCAAGGAUGUCUAUGCUUCCAGUCUUGAUCCUGCGUUGCAAGAUAAGUGGUGUUUGAGCAAGGAGGAUAUUGAGAAGUCCGAGCCUGUGUUCAAGGAAUAA